AUGGCAGGACAGUACUACGCUGUGCCGUCAAACGGCCAGCACGACAUCCAUCUCCAAUUCCAGAACCCACCAACUACACCGAGCCCACCAUUGCAACCAUCCCGAUCCUUCCAAGGUCUUCCAGCUCGCCGCCGAUCAAAAGUCAUCUAUGGGAUCUUGAUCGCAUAUGCUCUCUACGAUGUCAUAUCAGAGAAACAGAAGAAGUAUUUUAAUGCAUUAAUUACAGGGUUCCUUAUUGCUCUGGGACUGUCAACUAUGAGUCAGUUGACCCAUGCAGUACAAGAUUUGAGAUGGUGGAUUUUGAGUAAGCGGCCGAGGUCCCGCCAAAAAGCAACUCAAAUCGGAUAUGCCUCAUUGGGUUUGUGCUACUCGGUCGAAAAAACCGAAGACCAGGCCCUCUUGAUUCCCGGGAACGUCUCCAUCGCGAAUUUAAGCACCAUCUCAACCUCGAGUGUUGUCAACGCAUCCGGUUCAACCAAGAGCGAAGAGUACGCGGCAAACAGCUACGGGAUCAUAUCCCUGGCUUUAAACGAAGGGGAUCCCGAUGAUAUCCUUUUCCCUGGGACUUUAUUCUUUGCAGACAAUAAGUUUCUAUUUUGUGACGGGUCCUGUGCCUAUGUCUUUCGCGAGACGAAUACGCUUUCUUUGGAUAAUCCGAAAAGCGCUCCUGUCUCAGCGGUCACCGACAGGAAAGUGAAUAUCACGGCGCAUUGCGACGCGCUGAAGGUCCGUCAAGGGGGCAAUGGAACGGGGGAGCUGAUUACCGUCAACAAUGGGAGCAGGGAAACAAAUAUCACAUUACCUAGUAAGGAGGUUCUUGGUGAGAAGGUUUACAUGACAUCUGCCUCUCGCAACUGCGGCAGCGAUUGCAGCAUUGUUUCAGUGUUUGAACCAUCGUCGACAGAUCCAUGGCUUUACAACUGCACCGUCAAAAUGAGCCCUGUUGAGAACGCGAAGAGGCCAGAGCACGAAGUUAGUGAGAGACUGAUGCGCUUAGCAACCUCGGCGAUAGCUCUAGGAGGUCCCGACGGCCCAAACGAUACCCGAUCAAACAGCUACCCCGCUGCGUCGGUGUUCGGUAUACCACUGAAUGGCUCAACAGAACAAGUAGAAUACCUUUUAUCACGCUUCGCUACGGGUAUGCUGGCAGCUGUCAUCGAAUCAAACACAGAUAUUGUACUCGCCGGCCAAAUGCCUACGAUCGGACAGAAACUCAACGUUUCGCACUGGGGAAUCAUCACCUUGAUCUUAUGGAUCACGGCAUUUCUUCAGUUGUUGGUGGCUGUUAUAGCGACCAAGGUGUCGGAACGGGUUGUUGUGCCAGAAGGCGAUUCCCUUUCCGAGGCUAGGGUCUUGAGAGGCAUGGUUGAGGAAGAUAUGUUGGAUGGGGAGAUGAAAGACAGUGCGGGAGGGAAGGGAAAGCGUUUAUGGAUUUACAGGAAUCGACACGUUGGUGACGGGUUGUAUGAUUUGUAUAUGGAGGAGGUUAGAACGUAG